GGUUGAAUGUAGAGAGAGAGACAGGCAGGUUACACGGCUGGCUCUGUUCAAAGGCACACAGGCUUUUCUCUGCCAGGAGAUUAUUUUAAAGCUAACGGGCCCUGGUAAUCGUACACGGAUAAGAUACAGAGACAAAAAAAGUGCGUCUGCAUCAAUAUGGGACAUCCGGCAUAGGCGUGUCUCUUGCAUGAUUGACGAGUAAGAGGCAUGGGCCAUAUACAGGAUCAUCCUUGAUAAGUGAACAACCUCCCAAACUAACAUGCACCACAGCCAGUCUCGGCCAUGAGACUAGACACCUCCUGAACUCUCUCCACACACCUACACACACACACACACGCACACACACGCACUCACGCCAACCAUGGCUUCCGUGUACUUAUGGAAGCUGUCAUCACAGAAGCUGGGCUUCUUCCUGGUGAGUUUCGGCUUCAUAUGGGGCAUGAUGCUGCUGCACUUUACCAUCCAGCAAAGGACGAGGCACGAGAGCAGUGCGCAGCUACGCAUGCAGAUCCUGGACCUGAGCAAACGCUACAUCAAAGCACUGGCUGAGGAGAACCAGGGGGUGAUGGAUGGACCUUACGUGGGCACCAUGACUGCGUAUGACCUGAAGAAGACUCUGGCUGUGCUGCUGGACAACAUCAUGCUGAGGCUAUCCAAACUGGAGUCCAAAGUGGACAUCAUUAUCUACAAUGGUUCGGCCACCAACCUGACUAAUGGCACGGCGACGCCUGCCCCUAGUACUGUCAACGCAGAGAAGGUCAACGUGGCAGACCUGCUAAAUGGAGCACAGGAGAAGUGUGAGCUGCCUCUGCUCGAUGGCUUCCCGCACUGUGAGGGCAAGAUGAAGUGGAUGAAGGACAUGUGGCGCUCGGAUGCCUGUUAUGGAAACUACGGAGUGGACGGAUCCACUUGCUCCUUCUUCAUCUAUCUGAGUGAGGUGGAGAACUGGUGCCCUCGACUACCCUGGAGGACCACGAACAUUAACGAUGACUUGGAAAAAAAGGGACAGUCUGAUAUCCGAACCAGCUUAGAUGAGCUGUAUCGAGUGAUGUCUCGGCGGGAAGAGUUCCGCUGGAUGAUGUUGAGGAUAAAGCGGAUGGAGGAGCCGUGGGUCAGCGCCAUUCGCUCGCUGUCCACUAAGCAGGACCUGCAGAACCGCAAGCGGAAAAAGAUCCUGGUUCAUCUGGGGCUGCUAACGAAGGAGUCUGGCUUUAAGAUAGCAGAGAAUGCAUUCAGCGGGGGUCCACUGGGGGAGCUGGUGCAGUGGAGUGACCUCAUCACCACCCUGUACCUGCUGGGUCACGACAUCCGCAUCUCAGCCUCCAUUGCUGAGCUAAAAGAAAUCAUGCGGAAAGUGAUGGGGAAUAAGUCCAGCUGUCCCACGCAGGGUGAUAAAGUGGUGGAGCUCAUCUACAUAGACAUUGUGGGCCUGUCUCAGUUUAAGAAGACUCUCGGGCCCUCCUGGGUGCAUUACCAGUGUAUGCUCCGAGUACUAGACUCAUUUGGGACAGAGCCGGAGUUUAACCACGCCCAGUACGCCCAGUCUAAAGGCCACAAGACUCCGUGGGGCAAAUGGAACCUGAACCCCCAGCAGUUCAACACCAUGUUCCCUCACACCCCUGAUAACAGUUUCCUGGGCUUUGUGGUGGAGCAGCACCUGAACGCCAGCGACAUCCGGCACAUCGAUGACAUCAAGCGACAGAACCAGUCGCUCGUCUAUGGAAAAGUGGAUAACUUCUGGAAGGAUAAGAAGAAGUAUCUGGACAUCAUCCACUCAUACAUGGAGGUGCACGGCACAGUCCACGGCACCAGCACCGUCCACCUGCCCACAUACGUCAAAAACCACGGCAUCCUCAGCGGCCGAGACCUGCAAUUUCUACUGAGAGAGACUAAAUUGUUCGUGGGACUGUCCUUCCCCUAUGAAGGCCCUGCCCCUCUGGAGGCUAUAGCCAAUGGCUGUGCUUUCUUGAACCCGAAGUUUAACCCACCUAAAAGCAGCAAGAACACAGAUUUCUUCAAGGGCAAGCCCACUCUAAGAGAGUUGACCUCCCAGCACCCGUAUGCUGAAGUAUAUAUUGGGCAGCCGCACGUCUGGACUGUGGAUAUAGAGAACCCUGCAGAAGUGGAGAGAGCUAUUAGAGGCAUCCUCAGCCAGAAGAUUGAGCCGUAUCUGCCGUAUGAGUUCACCUGUGAAGGGAUGCUGCAGAGAGUCAACGCUUUCAUAGAGAACCAGGAUUUCUGUCAUGGUCAGGUGAUGUGGCCUCCGCUCAGUGCUCUGCAGGUUAAACUGGCUCCAGUGGGGAAAUCCUGUAAGCAGGUGUGUCAGGAGGAGCAGCUCAUUUGUGAGCCAUCCUUUUUCCAGCACCUCAACAAGGACAAGGACCUGGCCAGGUUUGGGGUGGAGUGUAAAACAGUGGAGAGUGUGGGCGACAUCGUGGUUCCAGCCUUCAGUGCUUCAGCACGUCACUGCGUGCUGCAGUCUGACCUGCUUCUCUUCAGCUGCGCCGGAGCACAUCACUCUCUACAGCGCAUCUGCCCCUGCAGGGACUACAUGAAGGGCCAGGUUGCGCUCUGCAAAGGCUGCUUAUAACACACAUACACACACACACUCACGCACUCCAGUGUUUCCCCCUGAACUGAGGAUCACAGCUGUGAUGCAGCUCCUGUCUGUUUGUGUACAGCUUCUGGUGGUGGGCUGUGUAUAGCGUUUCCUGUUUGAAUUCCCCUUCUUCUCGUCAAUCUUCAGUCUCAACCACAUCAGUGUGAUGCUGCCUAUGCCACAGGGACAGCCGGAGGCACACUGCCUGCUGAUGGCCAAAGAACACUCCAGUAGUUCAUCUCUGUGUGACAUAUAUAUGGGUAUUUAUGCUGCCUGUAUACUAUAGCCAGUCGACUUAAAGGCCAUUUAUGACAAGCAAGUGAAAUCAUGGGGCUGAAUUCAGUUCGCACUUCUCUGCAGGGGGGACAGUGCGUUUAAUCUCGCAGUUGAGUUAUUUAAAGACAAGAAAUUCAAAGAAAUCGAAUGAAGAAAAAGAGAAAUUUAAAAAUGUGAGCAGUUAUAUGUUUUGUAGGGGACGUUACAGAGACGUUAAGGGAACGUUAUGGGGACAUUUGAAACGCUUCCCUGAAUAUAAUUACACAGAUGAUCAUGGCGGACAUUAGCCGAUUAAGCUAUUGCAUUUGUAUAGCUUAUACAGAAAUGGAAGGGGAGCGGAAGUACUGUAGAAAUUAAGACUGACAGUCAAAUGUACAACCACACAUUCUGGGACCUGGCAUGACGGGCCUGAGGAUGAUCGUUUCCACCUCAACGCCUUGAACAGAAAAAAAUGAUCGCUCUGAAAAUGAAAGGACAGAAGGAGACAAAACAGGGAGAGAGAAAAAAGAGAGGAGAGACUGAGUGCUGGACUGAACGUUUUCUUUUUGUUCAUUUUCAAAUCUUUCUGUGACUCGGAGAACCCGAUAAGGCCUGAAAUACUUGAAGAGGAGUUGCAGGGAAUCUCCACACUGCCCCCUGCCUGUGUGGAGAUGCUACUGCAGUGCUGCAUUAUUUUCUUUCUCUCUCUCCUCCCCAGGUCUCCUCUCUCCCUCUCUCUCCCUUUCUCUGUGCUCGCCGACAUCACGGGACCAACCUCACCGGGCAGGAACGUUUUUGGAAGUUCCGGACCCCCCGGAAAACACAGCACGCAGAGUGUGUGUGUUUGUGGAAAGGAAGCUUCUAGACUUUUCACUGUAGCUCUUCUUUUCAGGCUGCCUGGAGAGAGGGCCAUCCAAGUGUAGAUACUAGUUUUGAAUAUGUAUAGAGGUGUUGCAGCGCUUAGUGCUCAAACACGUACAAGCACACACGCGUACACUUUAAAGGAAUACUCUGGUUUUUCAACCUCAUCUUUAUCUACUGCAUUCGCAGCAUGUGCAUUACAAAACUCACGAAACUCACUCAUAAGUAAAGCCAGCAGGCAGUUGUUGUGGAAAAACACCAACAUUAGAAUAAAUACACAGAAACACAUAAACAGGCCAUUAUGAUUUGACCUGGAUGUAUUAGCUUAACCAUUUCCAAAGUUCUCAUUGAGGAAGGCCAGUAUUUAGUUAUCGUCCAAUACCUAGUUUAUCUAAUCAGUCCUUCAUUAAAUUAAAUCAGGUGUGCUUCUGAUGGAAUGUCACACAUUCAGACAACAGCUGGAUAUUACUAAGAAGUCAGGAAUCAAAUCUGCGUUCUUCCUGAUUGCUCAUUGAUGUGUACUGGAUAAGGUCAUGAAUGAUCACUGUACUGUCCUCAUAGUUUACCUCUUUUAACAAUUGACUUUUGACUGAUGCUCACAUGGUUCUUGCAGCACGUGCCUCUGCUAAUGGCAGACGCGCAAUAAAAUCAUAGCAAAGCUAUUUCAUUUAAAUUUGGCACAUGGGUCAUGGCAUGUUUUUUUGGCCAAGCAUCAGAGACUUGAUUGGUUAAAUUUGAACUGACAAAGCAUUCAGUCAUAAAGAAGCAGAUGUCAUGCUUUUUAAGCAUCUCUGUUUUAAUAGAAGGGGUAGGAUAAUACAUUUUACAGUACUUUGCAGAAGUCUUACACACCUGAGAAAAUGACAUUUUAGAAAGCUGUUCAUCUGGGCAGUAAAACAAUAUUACAAUAAAUACAAAAAUAUGAG